AUGCCAAGUGGAGGACAGAGAAAACACACAAUCUCGAACAAGACACGAAAAAGGCCCGGCAAGGAUCUGGAUCAGAUCCAUGAGGAUUUGAAGCCUGAAAAAGCGGCAAAGCUGAUAAAUCAGGAGGUUGACUACGACAUUCCCGGCAAUGGACAAUUCUACUGUAUUGAGUGCGAGCGACACUUCAUCGAUGAGAAAACUCGGCAAAUUCACAGGAAAACCAAACAACACAAAAAUCGCGUCAAAUCGCUUAAAGAGGUCCCGUAUUCGAUAAAAGAGGCCGAAGCCGCCGGCGGAUUGGGACAUUUUCCGCAUGUCACGCUUAAAUCGCGAGUUCCAGACAGAGUUGAUUAUUUAGCCGACGUGAAAUCCGCCGAACCAGCGGCUGCAUAA